CGACCAUCACCAAUCAAUUCGGACGCAAGCCCUAUGGACGUUGUGCAAGCUGCGGCGUCCGCCCUAUCUGCGUCUCGUAAAAUUGAAAGCGUCGAUUCGUCGUUGAAGCACGUAUUGGAGGCGGUGAAGCUGCUGGAUCUCCCAUCUCCGUCUUUGAACGUCAUUGAAAAAAUAGGAUCUUGCCUUCGUAAACCUCUUCUACCGCUCUACCAACAUUGCACCAAUCUUGCGCUUCGAUUCUGCUCUGCUACAUUAAUCUGUAUUUCCGUCAAGAAGGUCCAGCCUGCUCUGCUAGUUCAAGCUAACAGCCUUGUUGCGGCUUGGCAGGCAACACAAACUGCGCUACUUUCUGGUGUAUUGGAUUUCAUCGAACGAAACCCCACAAGUUGUUCGUUUUUAGGGCUAUUCGCUCAACACUUAACCGUCCACAGAUGAAAACAAGAAAAGUAUCGCUACAGUGUUAUAUCCUGUGCUAUGCGACGGCUACUUUUUGAGGACACAGUCUGAGCGUUUAACAGUUGGUGUUAAUCUUGUCUGCUCGGCGUAUAUCUUGCUAACGGAAACUGCAUCCCUGAGUGAAAAUCGGCUCGCGCUGCAGGACCCAAAGCU